AUGCCAAAGCGUUUCACCGAAGUCAAGACCAAUGAGCACCUAUGUGGUACAUGGGAGGACUACAUCAGCGUUGAUGCCACGCAACUCGGCACACAAUGCAACUCCGUCGUAGCCAUGUACAACGGGCACGGCUUCAUAGUCUGUAACAUGACUCCAAACCGGUGGCGCGAGUGGCCGGAGUGGGCUCUCGAGGUCGAGCUGUCCGGGUUAUAUAAAAGCUGGGAAGCCGAGGUGUUCAAGGACGAGAAGGUUACCACUUGGCUCGUUUCUGCGAUGGAGAACACAGACAAUGACAAGCUCCAGCGGAUCAUUCACGAUAUUACUGGGAGGCAACCUAGUGUUUUCGUCUAUGUGGAGCGUGGGAUUGGGGAUUAG